AGGAGAAGACAGCAUGGGAUCUUCCUCCUCUACAUCUAAACCCAAAACCAGUCUCAGUCAGUUGGGGUGUAGCUCAGUGGCGGAGGGCUUGCCCUGGUAUGCAAAAGGCCCUGUGCUCACUUGCCCAGCUCUGGCAAAAAGACCCACUGUUCUCCCCUCUACGAAGCGGUAGCCCACUUGUAAGUCCCCAAGGGUAGUGUAGGUACUUGGAGUCUUAUCCUGGAGGGAAUGGCAGGAGAAGGGGCAGGGACACUGAUCCCUCCGAACUGAUCCCUCUCAUGUUCUCUGCAGGCACAGUCUCCACGACAACCCCAGUGACCAGCUCUGCACCCUCUUGCUCCAAAAAGGAACAUUUAAUCUUGGCCUUUUUUGCUGGGGUUCUGCUGACACUGCUACUUGUGGCCCUUAUCUUCUUCAUCAUCAAGAGCUGCAGAAAAAGUAACUCCAGCACCCAGGCCCAGGUCCCUCUCUCAGAGCCUCCCAUCAAGCUUUCAUCCGCAUCAAAGGAGUCACUUACCUACGCCAGCAUGACUUUCAACCCCUCGGGAGAAAGCAGCAAUGGCUUGACUGGAAACCGCUCCACAGCCUUGGACCCCACCGUCUACUCUGAGAUUAAAGUAGCAGACCCAUCCCUGCCUCUCCAAUGAGGCCGAAUGCAGGACCUCAGCUCAGCUCCAGCUACGUGCUGCUUUCUGGCUUUGUUCUGUGUGUUUGCUUUGGUUGUUUGUUUCCUACAGACUUCGGAGCACAGCCUAUGGACAGCUGCAGUCAGAGGCAUACAGACUUGUUCUGGCAGCGCUGUCUUCUGUGUGGGAAACCUCUGGUUAGUUACUUUCCCCACCAGACAAGAGGCUGCAGGGGCUUUUACUCCCACGGGCAGCGGCAGCUCCUUGAGCAACUCCCCUGCACUUUCCAAAGGGGCACGGAGUUCGAGAUAAAGAAAUUCACUAAUGAUAACCGGGGAGGAGCCAACCCUAGCGAACAGUCUAAGAUUUUCAGAUAAUGGCAGCUGCUCCUCCAGGGUUGGCCCCUUCUUCCUCAGUUAGCACUCUGUCCCAUCAUCUCCAGAAGUCAAUAUCAGAGUUCUAAACCAACACAAAGUCCAUACUGUAUAAAACACUGGUCAAAUGUGGGUUUCUCUCUCCUCUAUAGAGCAUUAGAGAUGUGUGUGACAACCUUAGUUGAGAGCCAAAGGUAAAGAUAAAACAUGAAUUUACCCCCAAAACAAAGGGACAAUCAUAGACUGCCCCAUUAAAAAUAUCAAGAAGGUUCUUUUUAAUUAGGCAAGUGUACUUUAAAGUGUAAGUACUAAACUAGAAGAAAAAAAUCAGAAAAUAAAUGUGAGGGCUGGUGAGGUAGAUAAGGACAUUUGCCACCAAACCUGACAGCUUGAGUUCGAGUCCUGGGACCUGCACGGUGGACAGAGAGAACUGGCUCCUGAAAGUGGUCGUAUAACCUUCACGUUUAUUCUGUGGUGUGUGUACAUGUACACACGCAUAUAUAUGUGCGCACACACACACACACACACACAAAAUAAAUACCAAUUCGGCUAUUAUGACAGCUUUAUCUUUCGGUUUUUAGUUUUUGGUUUUUCAAAACAGAGUUUCUCUGAGAAACAGUCCUGGCUGUCCUGGAACUCAUUUUAUAGGCCAGGCUGGCCUCGAACUCACAGAGAUCUACCUGCCUCUGCCUCCUGAGUGCUGGGAUUAAAGGCGUGUGCUACCACUGCCUGGUGAUAACAUUCUUAAGACCUGUAUAAACCCAAGCAUGGAGAGUAAAUUGGGCACAAUCCCACCCCUAACUGAAGAACCAUGGGCAAUUAUUAGCUGCUGGGGAACAAACAGUCAAUUUUCUCUAAGAGUCCAGUACCUGGUAAACUGACCAUGUAUAAAUUCAAUCCAUGGCCACUGGGCACGACUGGGACUGGUCAGGGGCAGAGGGAGAGCAUUUCUUGGUGUUUGAGACUCAAAUGGAGGAAGGCUACAAGUAUGCAGGCAUGAUAUCCAUAACCUUCCCCUUCCCCUCGGGCUGCUGAGAGACUUGGAGUUUCCUCCCAAUAGAAAGGAACUGGAACAAAGCCCAAACCAUCCUCAUUAAAGGCUUUGCAAGAGCCACGAGCUAAUCUGACGAGAUAUAUACAGAAUGGAGAUUCCAACCCCGUUCUGACCCAGCGGACCACUUGAGGAUUCUGAGUCUGAGCCUGGUGGGCCUAUACUCCUUCAGAAUGGACCAUGGCAUAUUAAACUGAGUUUCUGAAACAAGGGAAAUGCCUCAAUCAGUAAAGGGCUUGUCUUGUAGGAACAAGAACCUGACUUUGAUCCCCGGAACUUGUGUAAAAAUGUGGGGCAUGGUAAUAGUAGGGCAUGCUUGUCAUCCUAGCCUGGAGAGGAAGAGUCUGGAGUGUCCCUGGGCUUCAUCGUUCAGCUAGGCUAGCUUAAUCAGCAGUCUCCAGGCCAGUGAGAGAGACUGUUUCUUACAAGGUGGGCAGCUCCAGAGGAGCUGGGUAAUCCUCCAGCCUCCACGUGUACAAGCACACACAUGAAUAUGCACUUUCCCCACGGAAAACCAGGGUUCUUAGGAGGGCAGUGAAGGCCAUGAUGAAGCAGCUGGAGGGACAUGGUAUGGGGAGUGGGUUGCAGGUUGCAAGGAAGCACGUGGGGUAGCCGUAAUCCUGCACCAACGAUGCCACUCUGCUGGCUCCCGCAGAUGACGAUGCCUCAUUCUUGCCUCGUGUUUCCUGAUUUGAGAGCAUUUGUCACUUGUCACCCUUUGGUUGUUUAUUGGUCAGAGCAGUACCCAGUUACUCUGGUGACUGGUUCCCAUUGAGGAUGUAUUGGGGGGGCACAGUCUUUUCACCAAGGGACUAUGAGAACCACAGACUCACUCUGUCUCCUAUUUUUGGAUAAGACAGCAUUUAAUACCCAUUCAGAAAUGUAUUGGAAUGUUAAUACUUUUUAGGAAAAUGUCAAGAAAUGCUUUUCCAGUGAUGGGCUAGGCGAAGUCAGUCAUACAUGGGGGCUCUUUCAACACUAUU